UAGCGUCUGCUAAAUAGAUGUAAUGUAAUGAGUGGUUUUGCUGCUUUAUCUUCUAAUAUCACAGUGUUAUUGAGCGCAUUAUGAAGAUGGCCAAUAAAGGCGUAGGCCUGCAUCCUACACCAAAAAUAACCUAUGCAGUCGUAAUGUGACUAUCCACAUGGGCAAUGGAAACAUAUUGACGUCGUGUCUCACCUUCAAGUGGCUCAACCCAGUGAACAACAUUUAGCAGGCUAUCUUAAAUUUAGUGCCAGACUCUGGCCCGUAGUUGCACUUGCACUCUCAACAAAAAGGCGGGGACUCUUUUUUAUGAAUGAGUCUGCGUCAGCUGAGUAGACGUGGGAGAGGACCGGCGAGAAAGAAUGAUGUUUGGUCUCGGAAAUUCAGGGAAACCAAAGGCUGGCUGGCGAAAUCAACAACCACCAUUUUCCAGGCGGGAGGUCCCAAUUGAUGGAUUCUGACAUGGACUAUGAGAGGCCAAACGUCGAGACUAUCAAGUGCGUGGUGGUGGGGGACAACGCCGUGGGGAAGACCCGGCUCAUCUGCGCACGGGCCUGCAACGCCACCCUCACGCAGUACCAGCUGCUUGCCACGCACGUGCCCACCGUCUGGGCCAUCGACCAGUACCGCGUCUGUCAGGAGGUCUUGGAGCGGUCCAGGGACGUGGUGGACGAUGUCAGCGUGUCCCUACGCCUCUGGGACACAUUCGGGGAUCAUCACAAGGACCGGCGCUUCGCUUACGGCAGGUCGGAUGUCGUGGUGCUGUGCUUCUCCAUCGCCAACCCCAACUCUCUGCACCACGUGAAGACCAUGUGGUACCCCGAGAUCAAGCACUUCUGCCCCCGGGCCCCUGUCAUUCUGGUUGGCUGCCAGCUGGACCUGCGCUACGCCGAUCUAGAGGCCGUCAACAGGGCGCGGCGCCCCCUAGCCAGACCAAUUAAGCCCAAUGAGAUCCUGGCGCCAGAGAAGGGCCGCGAGGUGGCCAAGGAGCUGGGCGUGCCGUACUACGAGACCAGCGUUGUGGCGCAGUUCGGCGUGAAGGACGUCUUCGACAACGCCAUCCGCGCCGCCCUCAUCUCGCGGCGCCACCUGCAGUUCUGGAAGUCCCACCUCCGCAACGUGCAGCGGCCGCUCCUGCAGGCGCCCUUCCUCCCGCCCAAGCCCCCGCCCCCCAUAAUCACCGUGCCCCCGCCCCCCUCCUCCACCGAGGAGCACCCGGGCCGCCUGCUGGAGGACCCGUUGUGUGCCGACGUCGUCCUGGUCCUGCAGGAGCACCAGCGCAUCUUCGCCCACAAGAUCUACCUGGCCACCGCCUCCUCCAAGUUCUACGACCUGUUCCUCAUGGAUCUCAGCUCCGAGGAGAACGAGGAGGCGCGGCCCCACCGGGCCCCGCCCCUCAGCGGGCGGGACCUGCUGAUGCGGGCGGCCAGCUUCGACGUGUGCGAGAGCAGCGAGGAGGGCAGCCGGGCCGGCCUGCGGGCCUGCACCAGCGACGGCACCCUGAGGGGGGGCGACGCCGGGGGGGGCGGGCGGCGGGGGAGGCUGCUGUCCACCUGGAGCCGGGCCUUCGUCAGCAUCCAGGAGGAGCUGGUGGACGACCCGGUCACCUACAACCCCCGGCCGAUGACCGUGGUGCGCAUGGACCCCUCGGUGCAGCUGGGCCCCUUCCGGGCCGUGCUGCGCUACCUGUACACGGGCCAGCUGGACGAGCACGAGAAGGAGCUGAUGCACAUCGCGCACAUCGCCGAGCUGCUGGAGGUCUUCGACCUGCGCAUGAUGGUGGCCAACAUCCUCAACAACGAGGCCUUCAUGAAUCAGGAGAUCACCAAAGCCUUCCACGUGCGCCGCACCAACAGGGUCAAGGAGUGCCUGGCCAAGGGCACCUUCUCAGACGUGGUCUUCAAAUUGGAUGACGGCACCAUCCUGGCCCAUAAGCCUCUGCUCAUCUCCAGCUGUGACUGGAUGGCGGCCAUGUUCGGGGGGCCCUUUGUGGAGAGCUGCACUAAGGAGGUUCUGUUCCCCAACACAACGCGCAGCUGCAUGCGGGCAGUGCUGGAGUACCUGUACACCGGACGCUUCUGCUCACGGCCCGACUUGGACGCCAUGGAGCUUAUCGUCCUGGCCAACCGCCUAUGUCUGCCUCACCUGGUGGCCCUUACAGAACUCUACACGGUCACAGUUCUAAUGGAGGCUGCCAUGAUGGGGGCUGAUAUCGACGGGGAUGUGCUGGUGUACCUCGAGAUGGCUCAGUUCCACUGUGCUCAUCAGCUCACUAAUUGGUGCCUUCAUCACAUCUGCACCAACUACAACAGUGUUUGUCGCAAAUUCCCCAGAGACAUGAAGGCCAAGUCCGCAGAGAACCAGGACUACUUUGAGAAGCACCGCUGGCCUCCGGUGUGGUACCUGAAGGAGGACGAUCACUACCAGAGAGCGCGUAAGGAGCGGGAGAAGGAGGACUACCUGUACCAGAAACGUCAGUGCAAGCGCAAGUGGCUCUUCUGGAACCUCCCCUCCUCCUCCUCUUCCUCCUCUGGUUCUUCUGCUGUAGUUUGAACAGUUUUAUGAGGAGGCGCUGUGCACAAAUCAAGAAUCCAGAGGGAUGGGUGUGGUUUGUGAUGUUUCAGCAAGGCUGGUGCAGGCAAGCUCAUUCAGGCCCACCCUCUCCAUAGCUGUAUUACCACGGGGCUGUGCUUUCCCAGGUCCAGGAGAUCUCUCAUGCUGUGAAGGUAUAGUCAUGCAAGGCUCUCUUUAGUUGUUUUGUUUUGUUAUUUUUGCUGCUGAGAGGUUUAUGGCCUCACUCCUGCACAGAGCUUUGACAGAGCUCAGAGGUGUUCGGAGAUGUUCAAACUUUGCCUACAUCUUCUGACUCUGGGAGCCUGAUGUCUUGUUUGGAGGAAGUGCAGCCAAUAACUGAUGCUGACAGUACAUUGCUGCUAUUUCUACAUUCACCACCAGAUGGAGUGAAACGUGAAUACGCUCAAGAAAGUUUGCAUGGUGGCCUCUGGACUUUUAUGUACUUGAAAAUGAUAACCAAAUGCUUAUCAGCUGCAGCAGAACAUAGCAAUGGCAAACAACCAGCAAAAAUAACAUCAAAACAAGUCUCAGCGGUUCAACCUUUCCUUCAGAAAACACUUAACUCCCACGCCAAUAUUGUCACUCUCUAAGCUAUUGUUCAACCAGUGGACCUCAAGGAAACGCACAUACUGUAUUAUUCAAACAAAAUGGAUGUACUUGGUCCAACGCUGCAGCUUGAAGUCCAGGAAAUUAGGUCAAACAUACUUUGAGCGGUACAGUGACGUCAAGAACACUCUUCACACCUUUGGUCAACAGUCUAGAGUUGUGAAUUGACCUUGAAGGAAGAAGCAGAAGCUUUGAAUUCUUGGGUGUAAUGUUCCUAUACAUGUGGGUGUUUUGUGUUAAGUGGUGGCUCUGAUGUGGAAGUGAUAGUGUGUGUGCCCCAUUUGCUGUCUGUACAGUAUCUUAGUCUGUGUCCCCUUGCCAGAAAAAGGGCUUCUAUCAGUAAUGUGGCAAGUCACACAUGCUCUACGGAAGACUUUUUGAAGCCAGUUAAUGGUCUGGAGUCAAGGGAACCUUUGUCACAUGUUAGCCUUUUACUCUUGUAAUUUCACUGAAAACUAACAUGUUUCUGUUUUGAAACUAUUGAAUGUUUCUUUAAAUAUGUUUUGCACUAUGAGAUCAGGUUUCUUUUUUUUCUUUUUUAAGCUGCAAAUUGUACGUUCUCAAGGCUUGUGUAAUUCCACUCUUCUCUAUUUUGGACUGCAGAGCUUUCAUUGGAAAAGACCACUCUCAACAACAUAUUUUGUACUCACAAACUGUAGAAAUAUUUGAAAAAUAAUUAAUGAGGUAACACUAUGACUCCAGGACAGUGUUUUUCAAAGCAGUGGCAAAAUAGGGUGGUCUGAUUGGUCAUUCUGAGAAGGUUCUUUUAAGUGGACCUGUGCUCUGCACAGACAAGAGUUAACCAAAGGUUUGUUCUGUUGACUGCUGUACUUUAAAAAAAAAAACAAAGUACACGGAUUUCUUUGGCAUUUUGUUGAAGGCGCUGAUGAUGCUUACGGGGAGGGCUGCCUCGUGCCUGAGCCUGUUAAUCUCCCUCUGCCUCCUCAGCUGCCUCGAAUGCACCACUUUGAGGACCCCUCUCAGAAAGUCCUUUCUUUGAUGGUGAGAGCCUGAAUCAGGAACACCACAGAUAGCACUGAAGCCUCAGCAGUGACUAGUGGCUAGAGAAUGCUGCACACAGCCCCCUCUUAGCACCAACCAUGUGGAGACAGAUGGACACAGGAUCAUUCCAGGCAGUCCGGAAUGAGUUCAUCCACGAGAAUCACAAACUUCUCCAGUAUCUUGUUGUAGUCAACCGCGGUCAACUCUGUAAACUUUUAAGAAGCUCAAUAAAGUGUUCUUUUACGUCUGGUCUUUUCAGCUGUCUGUGGAAAGAAGGUCAGUUGUCUCGCAGUGCUUUAUGACCAUUGUACAAAUUAGAUGCUGUUUGCUAGGAUGGCAGAACCAGACUAUUUCUUUUGUGUUGUUGUUAUUGUUGUUAUUUAUUCAGGUUUAUUGUUCAGUGGUCUGUUUUUUUAGCCCAUGGCCUCCAUCUUGCCAUGCAGUGUUUAUUAAAACUGUAGGCAGUUGCCUAAUGAGCAAAUAAAAAAAGAAAUACCAACACGUACCUGAUGUAUACCAACCUUACGUGAUGUGUUACUCAUACCAUUUUAAACAAUAACGUCAUGUGCUUGUAAUGAAGUGUAUGAUAAACCCUAUUUUUGUAUUAACAGUAGGGCACACUCCCUUGCACCUUGUAUGCACACGCACAACAUGAAUUGCAUUUACAUGCACGUAGUGACACAAUUAUGAAGUGCGUAAAAACUAUCUGGCGCAAUUUACUUAAAAUGCUGCGGAUUUCCAUUAAAAAUCAAAACGGUGUUUGGAAAUGUUUCUGCUUGACUGUUCAAAGGCAAAAGUAGAAAGCAUGCGCGAGACUAAAAUUGCGAUAUUUAAAGAGAGAUGGGUGAAAAAAAGUAGUUGUAAACGGUAUUGUUUUUAGUGUAAAUGAAGAGUUGGGAUUCGGGGAGAAUGUAAGGCAGUAUUUGAGCUGCAGUUCUAAUUGAGCAGCAUUACCCCGAUGGACAGAUUACGAAUUAAAAUGAUUAUUGAUAACUGCAGUUGCCUGUCGUGUGUCCCAAUAAGACCCGCCCCUGCUUUUUGUGAGGUUUGUGCCGUAUCGCUUUUUGUGGUACAGAAUUAAAUUACAACCCAGUUGCAUUUGAAUCACUCAAUUGUAAUUCAGUCACCAGGAUGACUAAGUCUUAUGGGUAUAACUUUAAGUUAUACUACAUUGUUACAGGAAGUUAAGUGAUAGUGAUGCAUUGCACAUUUGUGCCAAAAUGCAGAUUUGUUUUAUCGUCAUAUUGUUAUCAUUGUACUUCGGAAACAUUAUGAGCAUGUCAUUUUGUGCACAUUAACAAAGUGCAAAGAGAAAACAAACCAGAAAUAAUUUUUCAUUUGAGCUUGUGGGUGAUUUUUUUCUUCGUAUGUGUAAUAAAUCCACGAUUCCUAGGCGAUGGUGUUUGAAGCAGAGAUGUACCUGACUGGCUUCUCUCAUUAGUCCUCCUCAUGGCUUAAUGUACAGUAUUGUGUGUAUGAUGGUCUGUGUCAAUGACGUAUCCUUGAUGUGUGUACAGUAUAUACAUUUAUGUUUAUGUACAUGUGUUUAUGGAUACAUACACACUGUGUGCAAUUCCGUCACUACACCAUAUGUAUUUCACUGUAAAACUGUGCCAUUCUACUCGUCAAAGCACCACCCGUUCUCUAACAUAGACAACAUGCUACGUCAAAUUAAUGCAAGAAAUCCCACUCUUUAUUUAUGAUUAUCUACUCAGUUUUUCUGAUUUUUUUCCUGCGCAUUACAACCUAUGAUGGAUAAGGUGUGUUAGGUCCAAGCUUUAAAAGUAGAUGGUACAUGGUUUCGAUGGUUUCGUGACUGCUGGUAAUGAACCCAUGCGGAAUUUUAAAAUAAAUUAAAAAAAAAAAAAAACUUUUUAUUUUUGAGAAUAGAUGCUAACCGAUUCCGUGCACUACGCAGUAAGAUAUAGCUGAGCCUGUGUGAAUCGCCUGUGCAUCUCAAUUAAAUGCAGCUCCACUUUUCGCCAAGCGAGCUUCAGUAGUCUUAGGAGCCGAGACACAGUAUCUCAAAGCUUGGAAUAGAAAACAUCAGGUGCUAAAGUGCAACAACAACAACAAAAAAAGUUUUUACUAAGAACUUCUGGAGUCCCUCUCCACGUGUUUUGGUGCUAAUAUAAGCGCUGCAGAGAAGCACAAACCAAAGGGAGCUUAUAGCAGCACCAGGAAAAAGAUUAUGCUGUACAAUCACUAUAGCGUAGAAUCCUUUCAAUAAAGAAGCCUUGUAAAGUUAUUGGCUGAAUUCAAAACUUGAAUGUUUUUCUCAGCGUUAUACUGAAUCGACCUUUUCGUUAAAUAUAUAUAUAUAUAUCUGUAAUUUAGUUCUAGGAGUAAAAUUAAAUAAUAAAACGGUUGUUUGUAUCGUUUGUUAGGAGCCGUAAAUCUGGAAUUCUGUAGCAUGUGUCCUUGAACAUGUGUAAAUAAUGUUUAUUUAUUAAAUAUGAGUAAUCAGUCAA